AUGCCUUCUCCUAUCACCACCAAAACUUCAUCUUCUUCUGCUUCUUCCUCCAUCCGCUUCAUGGGUCUCCUUAAACAACCCGACUCCGACCCUAACAACAACAACAUCCUCGAAUUCGAAUUCGACGAAAACGAUGUUUACUGGUCCGAUUCCCCUGACUCCACUAUCUCCAAUUCCUUCUCUCCUCCUACCCCCACGCGCCACCUCCCUCAACGCGCCACUCUCUACAAACCCUCCAAUUCCGGCCUCUCCGCCGCCCUCAGCGACGACCACCACCCUCUCAUCCGCCGCAAAUCAACUCUCAAUCCCUCCGUUUCUGCCACGUCAGCUGCGAAAAUGAUUCCGCCUGUUUUCCGUUCGGAGAAUUCGAACCCGAAUUCUUUUCCUAAGUUUCAUCAAUCGGCUCCGGUUAAUGUCCCGGUUUGGCAGAAGAAGGAUGGACCGGUUGGUGGGUUAGACCGGUUUGAUGAGGUGGAUGAUGACGUGGAAGAUGAGGAAAUGGUUCCGCCUCACGUGAUGGUGGCUCAGAGUCACGUGACCUUCUCGGUUUUUGAAGGCGUUGGAAGGACGCUAAAAGGAAGGGAUUUACGGCGUGUUCGUAAUGCUGUGUUUCAGAAAACAGGUUUUAUUGAUUGA